AUGUCCGAGUCUCCCAGAUCCGAGAAGUACAUGUACCUGACCAGGUACAGUACUCCGGUACCCGAACUGGAUGAUCACCGCCUGCAGAUGCAGACGCCUCCCCGCAUUGAAGCUCCGAUGGAGCGUUCUUACAGCCCGCGCGAUACCACUCAAGGUCCUGAAAUGCUCGAUCGUCCAGACUUGCUCAGUGCGCAAGAUGUCCUACAGGACGGUCCAAUUCCCCGAGACUUUGAAAAUGCCGCGGAGGACGAUCGUUCGCUGAAUGAAUUUAAUGGACUGGGUCGGUUCUCGAUCGACCACAACGCAACGUACCAGACUCCGCGUCGCAUCAGUGUUGUGAACCCGGAACUCGCCAACGCUUCCUGCGCCUCGUCUGUUUCCGCUCGAUCAUCCUCUCCUCCCAAUUCAGUUGAGGCUUUUGCCGACCCACGUCGCCGUGAGCGCGCCAAUACCCUGGACAGCCAUGCGCCUCCCGACCUGGAAGCUAUCCUGCAGCGCACUGUUUCGGGUGGCACCCACAACCGGCGCCCAACUUUCAGCAACGCCAGUGUUGUUCGCCCCCAAUUGGGCGAUGUGCCAUUCGAUACAGCAGAGGAGGCCUGCUUUGACGCGCCAGGCCGUAUUCCCGUCAUUGAUUACGAGGAACUCGAGGAGUUUGUGGCUCUAAAUCCGAGCAGUAAAAUCGCCGAUGGCGAUCGCCGCAAGCACAGCAUGAGCUCGCAGAGCAAGAGGCCCCGCAUAUUUUACGAUCUCCGUCCUGGCGCUGAAAGCCCUGAGAUGGGUCCAAUUCAGAAGACCAGCUCAACUGAUACACUGAGUGAACAUGAAAAGAAGGACGCCGAGGUUACAGACGAAAAGGAGCGGGUUCGACAACCCCAUACUACAAACCAGCGUUCCCGCUUCGGCUUCUUUUCGUCUGAGUCUCAAAGCACAGUGCAUGCUGCCGAUUUGGGAGAUCUGGUGCUCCCUGGCGAAACCUUCCGCGAUCUCUUUGAGCUCGGGCCUGAGGGAGGUGUGUGGUGGUUGGAUGUGGUCAACCCCACCGAUGAGGAAUUGGGAGCUAUCUCCCGGGCUUUCUCCAUUCACCCCCUGACAACGGAGGAUAUCCAAACCCAGGAAGCCCGCGAGAAGGUCGAACUGUUCAAGCAGUAUUAUUUUGUUUGUUUCCGGACCUUCUUCCAAAUGGACAAAACCAGCGAGGAAUUCCUUGAGCCUGUCAAUUUCUACAUGGUUGUCUUCCGAGACGGUGUCCUCACUUUCUCUUUUGAGGACAACCCUCAUGCAUCCAAUGUUCGGAAACGUAUUGGAAAGUUGCGAGACUAUGUGUCUCUCAGUAGCGACUGGAUCUGUUACGCGAUGAUCGACGACAUCGUGGAUAGCUUCGGCCCCGUGAUUCGGGAUGUGGAAUUGGAGUCCGAGGCGAUCGAAGACCAUGUGUUUAUUGCCAGAGUUGAGGAUUUCGAAUCGUUCCUCCCUCGCAUCGGUGGCCUGCGCAAGAAGGUCAUGAGCUUAAUGCGCCUGCUAGGCGGCAAGGCUGAUGUCAUUCGUGGAUUCUCCAAGCGCUGUAACGAGCAGUACUCGGUUACUCCCCGUGGUGAUAUUGGUCUUUACCUGGGCGAUAUCCAGGAUCACGUUGUGACCAUGAUGUCGAACUUGGCGCAUUUCGAAAAGAUGCUCAGUCGGUCGCAUACCAAUUACUUGGCUCAGCUGAAUGUCACCAACUUGGUGUUGGGAAACCACGUCAACAAGGUUCUCAGCAAAGUCACUCUGAUUGCUACGAUUCUGGUCCCCAUGAACCUGAUUUGUGGUCUGUUCGGUAUGAACGUAGAAGUUCCCGGCGCCCACACAGAAGGAUUGGCGUGGUGGUUCGGCAUUCUUGGAGUGAUCGCAGGUAUUGUUGUUGUGAGUUUUGGCCUAGCCCGCUGGCAGAGGCUGGUUUGA